AUGAGACCUUCUCUCGUUUUGGCUUUCGUCAUUUCCUUCUUUUUUACUGUCGGGGCCAGUGCAGAAUCGCAUACCAUCAAAUUUGUCAAUCAGUGUGGUUAUGGUACACCAGCUUUGGUACUCAAUGGCAACAACGUCCUCAGUGGCGACCAGUACACGAGUAGCGGUCCGUUCUCAGGCAUCGCCAUGCCAACAGGCUACUGCAAUACCAACGGAGAAAACUGCACGCUCGUCGAAAUGACCCUGAUAAACCCAACAUGUGCGGGAUGUGGUUCUAGCGCCGACAUUUCCUUGAUAGCUCCCCAUGCCUACAGUGUCGAGUCGUCCUUCUCGUAUUACAGCGGCUGUGAUGGCGUUGGUCAAACCUGCGCAAGUCCAAACUGCACCCAGAAUGCUUUUUUCGUGCCCACUGACAACUUUGUGCAAAAGGAAUGUCAAGCUACCGAUGUGAGCGAUUGA